GUCAACCUAUGUGACACUGUUGCUAUAACAUAUAUUAGACAGUAGAUUCAGUUCGACUGAAAGGCAGAGUUUGUUCAGUAGUUUUUGUUCAUAUCGUUUGAAUAUUAUUUCAAAAUGCCAUUUAAUGUGGCCAAUCGCAUAAUCGGUGGAAAUCGUACAUUUGUAAUUGCUGAAAUUGGUCAAAAUCAUCAAGGUGACAUUGAAAUGGCAAAACGAUUGAUUGCCGAAGCUAAAGCGGCUGGUGCCGAUUGUGUUAAGUUUCAAAAGUCUUGUUUAACCGAGAAGUUUACGCAAAAUGCUCUUGAUCGUGCUUACAACGGUGUGAAUUCAUGGGGCAAAACAUAUGGUGAACAUAAAGAAUACUUGGAAUUUACCAUUGAACAGUAUAAAUCGUUACAGAAAUAUGCCAAUGAAUUGGAUGUCAUAUUCACCGCUUCCGCAAUGGAUAUUCAGUCGUUGAAAGACCUAGAAGAAUUGCAUGUGCCGGUCAUUAAGAUUGGAUCAGGCGAUGCAAAUAACAUUCCAUUAUUGGUGAAUGCGUCCAAACUAACAAUACCACUCAUCAUUUCGACGGGCAUGCAAAAUGACAUCAUGGUAAAUCGCAUCGUACAAAUUAUGAACGAUUCUCGUAAAACGAAUUACUGUCUAUUACAUUGUGUGUCAGCCUAUCCAACCGAUCCAAACGACGUGCAUUUGAACAUGUUGCAUAAAUAUCGGGAAUAUUUUCCGAAUAUUACUAUCGGAUACUCCGGCCAUGAACUUGGCAUAGCCAUUUCAACAGCAGCAGUUGCAUACGGUGCAAAGGUCAUUGAGCGACAUUUUACAUUGGACAAACAGCAAAAAGGAACCGAUCACAAAUUAUCACUUGAACCAGCUGAACUAAAAGAACUCAUUACACGCAUUCGAUCCAUUGAAAAUAGCUUGCCAACGGUCACUGAUGAGCAAACCAUUUUGGAUUUUUUAUCAACCGUUUUGACUAAGGAUGAAUUGUCUGAUGUAAAAUUGGCAAUGGCUUCGUUACCAAAGAAACAAAUUUUAGACUGUGAACGGCCAUGUCGAAUGAAAUUGGGCAAAUCACUGGUAUAUCGUAGCCAUUUGAAAUGCGGCACCACGAUAUCUCCAAACGAUAUUUGCGCCAAAGUUAACGAACCAUUUGGCAUCUCGGCCGAACAUUAUGAUAAUUAUCUUGGAAAAAUGUUAAACAAAAAUGUGGUCACCGAUGAAAAUUUGGAUGAAAGUCAUUUUUUUCAUUCAGAUACAUAAAUAUUUUGCAAUUUUCAUUUUCGAAAAAAAAGUAUGUAAAUAGUAAUUCCAAAGCAAAACUUGAUUUGCCUGGGCCCAGGUCUAAUGCAAUCUUUUUUUUUUGUAUGUGUAAUAAAAUUGUAUAAUAAAAAAUGUCAAAAUCAAACCUGAAAUAAACACCUUGCGCCGCCAAAUUUCGAUUGUGUCCAUCUUCUAAAAUUUUUGGUUGUGUGUGUUCUUGACUAAUUUCUACAUCAGUUUUUAUUUUCCGUUCAGCCUCCAAUUCACGUUGAACUUGUGCC